UUAGUUCGCUAUUGUAUUAACAGCUAUAUGCUGAUCAAGUUGUCAUCAAUUAAUCGAAAUAUAUUUUUACAAGCCAGUGUAGAUAGAAAUCUUUCUCUUUCCGUCUAAGUAUACUGGAUAGGGCUUGAGUGUAAACAAAUAUCGUAGUAAGGGAAAAAUUGUCGCUCCUUAAUUUUUAAAAAAAUUUUUGGCUGCUAUCCAAUCAAAUGGGACGAAUUUUUCAAAAAUUCACCUAAAAAAUGCUUAUUAUAAACAAUAUUCUUACAUAUAAGCACGCAUGCACAUAUACAUCGUAGAUUAUAAUUGUGAUAAUGUGCUCUGCUAAUUUUCAGGAGAAAACAAAAAUCAACAAAGCAUCGCAAGUGCAGUAGCCACUCAGAUUAACGGCAAGAGACGUUGUUGUUGUUGUUGUUUUUGUUGUUACAUGACAUCUGCCAUCGUUUACAGAGUUUAUACGCAAAUAUAUAAACAUGGAUUGGAGCUGGGCCAUAGAAGGUGUUAACAACGAUGUGCCACGCACCAUGGGACCCGAAUGUGAAAAUUAUAUGUCGAAUGAACGACGUUGGACGGAGGUGGUAAUAGUGAGUUUGGGCUGCCUCUGGAUAUUACGUUGGGCUAGUAAACGGGCAGAUCCUAUUUCUCUUCCUUGUGCAAGCAAAUUGAAUCAGUCGCACUCAACAGGCCGUUUACUGCUCAUGUUACUAAUGACUUUCGUAUUUGGCAUAGAGAUGGGUUUCAAAUUUGCCAAUAAGUCUGUGAUAUUCGUAUUGAACCCUUGCCAUAUCCAAACAUUGGUGCAAAUUUAUAUUUUAGCGGCCAAGCCUAGCAAAGCAACCGUAGCUUUAUUUAGAAUACAAAUGAAUAAUUUGAACGGACCAUUGUUAGCGUUCAUAUUCCCGGAAGUAGAAAGCCGCACAUUGCCCUUUGAGCAAGCCACCUAUUGGUUGCAACACGCCUUGCUUUACAUAGUACCCGUAUAUAUCAUUAGAAAUGGGAUUUAUGAAGUUGAGGAUAUUUACGACUUUAAUUGGGUCACGAUAGGCGUAAUGAUUAUGUUGCUUUAUCAUUUUGUCGUAUUAAAUGCCAUUUCUAUAGCUAGCGGAGUUAAUUUAAAUCAUAUGUUGUGUGCGGCUGUGACCGAUCCGUUUGAGGGUCAAAAUUAUCGCAUUGCUGCUGUGAUACAUGAGUCUAUUUUAUGCCCGAUUCUCAAUAAAGUGACUGUGCUCUUAUAUUGUAAUAAGCAAACAAUGAAAUCAAAUUUACUACGAAAGCAUACUUACAACCAAAACACAAGUACAAUAAUAAAUGAUAAUAAUUUGUCAAAAGAUGAAUUACUUUAUCAUCAACAUUAUGAGUUAACAGAAAAAACAACAACAGAAGGGACAUCAUCGCAGCAACAACAACAACAACAACAACAUCAUCAUCAUUUACCGCCCUUAAAUGUUACCGAAGAAUGUAUAGUUAAGCAGCGUAAACAUAAUAUAAGCGAAGAUAAUGAUAUUGAUAUUAGAAUUCAAGAACAACAACAUCAGACGCUCUUAGCUGAUGUCGAAAGCGAAAGGGAAUUAUUAAAAAAUUCGUCUACAACUGCCAAGUGCAACAUGUCCGCUACAAAAGUUGAUUAGUAUUUAUUAAGCAAAGUUAAUUACAAUCCGAAAUCUAUAAACAUUCAAAAUGUCAAUCUUCUUCGUCUAUUUGUUUCUCUUGUUAUAGUAUGUGAUGCGGAAAUUUGGGUUGUACAAUUAUAAUAAUAUGUAUGCAUUCUAGAUGUGCAUAAAUGUACGUUUAAGAGCGCAUAGCUAAGAUAGGAAAAAAUAAUUCGUUAAACAAAAAACCCAAAACAAAUACAUUAUUUUAUGUUCUCGCGUUUUGUUAUUUCCUGUAUAUAAAUAUGUAUGUUAAUUAAAAAACAAAACAAAACAAAACAAAAAAAAUCCAUUAUAUAAAAAUAUUUAAAGCAAUAUGUAUUUUAAUAUUAAUAAUAAUAUGGCCUUAAUAAUAAAUGAGUCUCUUUAGCAGAGUCUUAAUAAGUA